ACCGAAAGUGAAGUGAAGUGAAGAAUAGAGCAGGAAAACAGGGCCGUGUGGAGCUCUAACGCUUCUGGACGAAAUCUUUCUGCUGUUUCUGCUGUGAAGAGACUUUCACUGAGCUGAGGAAAUGAGUCGACAAUCAAGUGAAGAGCAAGUGGAGUUGGAGAAAUGCGUCAGGCGACUGAGAGAGACGUUUCACGGAAAGAUUCCGAUCGAGAAGGCAGCGGUGAUUAUGCGCCGCUACGAGAACAACUACCAAAUGGUAGCGAAGGUGAUCAUCCUGAUGAAAGACCAAGACCUGGACGACGAUGACAGAUGGUCGCUGAAAAACGAUCCUGUCGUAAAGAACGUGGUCGAGAAACUGCAGAAUGAGGAAAAAGAACAGCAGGAGAAAAGAAAAGACAGACAACCAGGAGCCAGUAAUGAACCUAGGAGCUCUAAACAACCUAAAGCAAACAAAGAGCCUCAGGAGGACAAAGACAUACAGGAACUUGGGAAGCAACUUAAACUUCUGCCUCUAACAGAGAAGAACAAGCGCAUGUUCGAUCUUGCACAGCAGAACAAAAUGCCCUCCGCCGAGCACCAGUUCGCCUGUGAAUUGUGCGACAAGAGCUGGUGGAGACGAGUCCCUGAGAGAAAGAUGGUGUCUCGCUGUCAAUUGUGCAAACAGAAAUUUGAACCUGUGCCACCAAACAAAAGGUGGGGCAUCGCAGACUUCACAUGCCUGAACUGCACUCGAUCCUUCAAGAGUUUCGGUCGAAUGGACCUGGGAUCUCCGUGUUAUAACUGUCGAUUCAUCGUUAUGCCGUCACGCAUCCUGCCUCCACGUAAAUACUUGAGGAACAUUGGGCAGAGGAAAAGACAUCAGCACAGCUGCCUGGCAGAGGACUGCUACAACAGACAGGAGCCUUACGUUCCUGGUACUGAGUGUGUGCACCCGGUCAGCAGGAAGAAGAACGGUAAGCCACAGGUGGUCAACCCCAGCGAUGUCCAUAUCAGCAGUGGCUCCACGGUGAACACAUGUCUGAGUCAGGGAAGCCUGCUAGAGGAUUUGUUUGACAUCAUAAUGGAUGACAUCCGCGAGGAGGACGAGAGCGACAAUAAUUCGGACAGUAGCACCAGCAGCUAAAGGAAAUGCCAAUAUGUGCAUCAGCAGAUCAUCAUCAUCCUUGUCCUCCAAGCACUGGUCCAAAGCACUGAGCUUUGUUCAUUAAAAAAUCAUAAAUGUGAAAGGUGAUGCAGUGCAGAAAGAUUUGUUUUAGAGAAGCAGCGCCUUCUCUAGCGUUUUCAGGAAUUUUAAAGCUAUAGCAGGUUUAUUAUAGUGCUGAAGGUUUGUGUUAUACUUUGCUAUAGUUACAAACUUGCUUGAACGACACGUGAUCUUUUUUUCUUAAUUUUUUUUGCCCGACACAGAAUAAGGUCAUGUUGUAUGUCAGGAAAUAUUAUUUAUUUCUAGAGCCGUUCGGUAAUCCAUCCAUAUGCGUGUCGAUCCAGUUCAGCUGAAGAAAUAUUCGCAAAGUGUGCCUUGUCAAAAAAAAGUGCACUUACUUAAUCGUGGCUAAAAUUACAACUGUAAUAGUUAGUAAAGUGAUUAGUAGAUGAUGAAGAAUUUUGGUAAAUGCAGCCAUAUGCUUUUUAAUCUUCAAUCACUUCCUGCUUUUGUAUGUUUGAGCUCAAAAAGUGUGGCAACCGUUUGGGUCUUCAACAUAUACAGUAUACAGUACUUUAAGUAAAUAACACUGUUUAGAAAAAAUUGAAGAUACUAUAUAUAAAUACAUUUUAUACAAUGAAGGGUCGAAAUUUCUAGAAGAAAAAAUAAUGAAGGCCGCAAGCUUUAUUCUGUUUUAUUAUGAAUUUGUUCAUAUUAAUCAAUAAACGUAUUGCUACAGUUUA